UAAUGGUUUUGAUAGGAUUUUUCUUGAAUGGAUUUUGGAUGCCUAAUGAUUUCUAGGCUAAUUUUACGUUGCUCACGGUGUUUGAGCCUUCAAACAUUAUCUUUUGUGGAUUUCGUGGAUUUUGGAUUGAAGAAUUGGAGUGGUUUUGAAUCAAACCAGUAUUGGUAAUUUGAUUCAAAGUAGUAGAAUGUAGAGGAGGUUGGUUUGCUUGUAUAUAUUUGGACUAACUUGAGGUAAUCUUACUCCUGAAACUGCCCUUGAGCCAGACGACAUAGACAGUAUGAUAUUGGAUUAAAUUUUUCUGAUAGAUAUAGAAAGUAUUGAUAUGUACAUAAUUUAAGAAGUUGUAUGGUCAUGAUGUUAUUUGUAUGUGGCUUGUUGUAUUUAUAUGCGUCGGACUCUGAAUUAAAUUGCAAGUUAGAUAUGUUAGUGAUAAUUGCCUUCCUACACAUAGCUGUAUCCCAUUGAGUUUUGUGUUCUUUGGGUUCAUUAGAGGAUGUGUUCCUUUGGGUUCUAUAAGGCCUCUUAUAAUUAAUACCUAUAAAAGGAGGGGGGAAAAUGGCAACUUAAUGAUUAAUAUGGGAAAGAAAAAGGUGCUGAAAAAGAAGACAGCUGGGGAUAGUACUGUGGGGCCCACAGGAAUGGAAUUUGAGGUAGGUUAUAAAUAGUAUCAUUUAGGUCCUUUUUAGGGAGGUCAUCUUUUGUUUUAUUUGGUGUAAAGGCCAUUGUAGUAGCCUCUUGGGAUUCCCAACUCAUUGUGAAGGGCUGUUAUGUUUUUUCUGGUAUUUGUUCUUGUUUUCCUUACUUUUUGUGACUGUUUCUGGUAUUUGUUCUUGUUUUCCUUACUUUUUGUGACUGUUUCUAAUGCUAUUUGGCUCUAUAAAUAUAUAACUAGCAAAGUGUUGCCUCUGUUUACAACCAUUAGUUAGUUGUUUGGGUGUUUUAUUGUUAAGAAUCUUAACAAAUUGGUAACAAAGCCUCGGAAACUAAGGGUUAUUACUCGUGCAAUGGCUCAGCGUGUUUUAGAGGAAAUGAUGGAAGGAACAGAGAAUGAAGUCAUGGGUCUUAAAGAAAUGAUGCUGAAAAUGAAGAAAUCUAUGGAUCGGUUAGUAGAAGAAAUGAGAGAAAAUCAUAGCUAUAGAAAAAGAGAAGAAUCAAGUACCUCUGAUGGUUCUGUGAUGAAACUGAAGGGAAAAAUGGAAGAAUUUGAUGGUACUAAUGAAGGAACUUAAGGAAUAGUGGACCGAAGCAAAUACAAGAAGUUGGGAAUGCCCAUGGUUCUGAGUGAAAACCCUGAAUCUUGGGUUUAACGUGCAAAUCUGCCAGAAACGGAAAAGGUGAACGUGACUGUAGUGAGUUUUGGGCAAGAUGAUAUUGAUUGGUAUAGAUGGAGCCACAAUAGAAAGAAUAUUGAGUCAUGGGAAGACCUCAAGAGUAGAAUGUUUGAGUUUUUUAAAGACUCCGGGCAAAAAAGUUUGGGAACUAGGCUAAUCCGAAUACAACAGGAUGGAUCAUAUAAUGACUACGUGAAAAAAAUUAUGAACUACUCGACUCCUCUCUCACACAUGGCUGAAAGUGUGCUAAGGGAUGCAUUUGUGACUAGUUUAGAACUAGCACUCCAAGCCGAAGUCAUUAGUAGACACCCACAGACCCUGGAACAAUGUAUGAAGGAAGCUCAAUUAGUGAACGACUGUAACUUGACUUUGAAGCUUGCAAGAGAAGAGCUAGGGUUGCUAGAACAUAAGAGUGGAGAAGGCACCAGAAGCAAAAGCAACGGAGGGAAUGAUAAAGAAGCUCACAAGAAAACUGAAUUUCAAAUGAAGCAAGUGACUAUACCCAUCAAGGGCAGCUACCAAAAGAAUGAACCCCCCAUAAAAAGAUUGUCAGAUGCAGAAUUUUGUGCUAGACUAGACAAAGGAUUGUACUUCAAGUGCAAUGAAAAAUAUUCCCAUGGCCAUAGAUGCAAGGUUAAGGAGAAGAGGGAACUAAUGCUUUUUAUCUUGAAUGAGGAAGAAGAUCCACCCGAAGAAAAUAGGGAAGAGUUAGUAAGACUGAAACAGUUGGAGCUGGCAGAAGGGGCUAAAAUUGAGCUUAAGAUCAUCAUGAGUCUCUCAUCAAAGGGCACCAUGAAAUUUAAGGGGGUACUAAUAGUGGUGGUUUUAAUUAAUAGUGGAGCCACUCAUAACUUCAUACAUAAGAAAAUAGUGGAGGAAAGGAAGCUGCCGAAGGAAGUAACUCCUUUUGGAGUCACAAUUGGAAAUGGAACUUGGCGUCAGGGUCAAGGGAUAUGCAAGAGAGGAAAACUUAAGUUGAAUGAACUGUGCAUUGUGGCAGGUUUUUUGGUAGUUGAAUUGGGCAUUAUGGACUUAGUUCUCGGUAUGCAGUGGCUAAAUUCCACUGGCAUUAUGAGAGUUCAUUGGCCAUCCUUAACCAUGACGUUUUGGGUUGGGGAAAGACAAAUGGUUCUCAAAGGGGAUCCUACGGUUAUUAAGGCUGAAUGUUCACUUAAAACCUUGGGAAAAACAUGGGAAGAAGAGGUCCAAGGCUUUUUAGUUGAGAUGCAAUUCUAUGAGGUUGAAACUGAAGAAGACUAUGAUGAAGAAAUACAAAUCAAAGGUGAUAAGGAAGAUCUUCCUAUGAUCAAAGCUUUGCUAGAAAGAUAUAGUGACAUAAUUGAGAUGCCUAGAGAACUACCUCCUAAGAGGAGCAUUAAUCAUCACAUCCUUACAUUGCCCGAGCAAAAACCCAUCAAUGUUAGGCCUUAUAAAUAUAGCAUGCUCAGAAAGAAGAGAUAGAAAAACCGGCGACAGAGAUGCUCCAAGCGGGGGUGAUUAGACUUAGUCGUAGCCCUUACUCCAGCCCGAUUCUAUUAGUAAAGAAAAAAGAUGGAGGGUAAAGGCUUUGUGUGGAUUAUAGGAAGUUGAAUUAGGUAACAGUGUCCGAUAAGUUUCCAAUCUCUGUAAUAGAAGAAUUGCUUAUGAACUACAUGGAGCCAAGGUAUUCUCAAAGAUGGACUUGAAAUCUGGGUACCACGAAGUUAGAAUGAAGGAGGAAGACAUUGAGAAGAUUGCUUUUAGUACUCAUAAAGGCCAUUAUGAGUUCCUUGUCAUGUCGUUUGGCCUCAUCAACACACUGGCUACCUUCCAAUCUCUCAUGAACCAGGUAUUUAAACCAUUUCUAAGGAGAUGUGUAUUGGUUUUAGUUUUUUUUAUGAUAUACUUGUUUAUAGCACUGAUAUUACUGAGCAUGAGAAACAUUUGGGAAUGGUGUUUACAGUCUUAAGAGAUAACCGAUUAUUUGCCAAUAAGAAGAAGUAUGUGAUAGCACACUCGAAGAUUCAGUAUUUAGAGUAUCAGACUUCCAGCAAGGGGGUAGAAGUCGACGAGGACAAGAUCAAAAGUAUGGUUAAUUGGCCCCAACCCAACCUUCCUAUCCUACGGGCACUAGCAAACUCCCAAAAAUGAGGUAGAGACAAUGCUGAAAGAAAGAGACCUAGCCCUAAAUGUCCUAAAGGAAAAUCUGUGUACUGCAUAAAACAGAAUGAAGAAAAUGGCUGAUCGAAAAUGAAUAGAGCUCAAAUUCAAAGUUGGGGAUGAAGUGUACUUGAAGUUGAGACCAUAUAGGCAAUGUUCUCUGGCUAGAAAGAAGUGUGAGAAACUGGCACCUAGAUACUAUGGACCAUAUAGAAUCAAGGAAGAAAUUGGGGAAGUGGCCUAUCGCUUGGAGUGACCAUUGGAAGCAACCAUCCAUGAUGUAUUCCACAUCUCACAGCUGAAGCUGAAGUUGGGGAAACAGCAGGGAGUGCAACAUCAACACCCCAUGCUGACAAAGGAGUUUGAACUCCAAUUAUGGCCAGAAGCAGUGCUCAGGAUCAGAUGGAACAAAGAGCUAAUGAAUGGUUGGUAAAAUGGAAAGGGCUACCCGAGGCUGAAGCAACUUGGGAAUUAGUUUUCUAGAUGAAUCAACAAUUCUCUACAUUUCACCUUGAGGACAAGGUGAAUUUAGAGUCAAGUGGUAUUGUAAGGUCUCCUAUAAUUAAUACCUAGAGUGGUAAAAAGGUAACUGUUAGAACACCAACUGGUGCUUUCUACUAAUUUGAUUAAGUUUGCCAAAAUGAUAAUAGUAACAACUUACAACCCGUCUCUCUAGCAAACCACGAUCAUUCACAAAAAGAUUUCAUACAAAAUAAAAUAACACUCACACAAACUAUUCAGCCAAAAUGAACAUAUCCCUCAAAACACAAAACACAGAAUAUUUAUAACCCCAGACCCAGGCGAUGUAGCAACGGUCCCCUGCAAUUCCUUCCGCCUUCCUCCCCUCCUCCAGAGGGAGCAGCCUAACCUUUACACGACAAAAAUUGUACCCCCCUCUGUGCUUCCUGCUCCCCCUUUUAAUUCCCACUACUAACUAACUCGUGGCCCCCCCUGACUGGUCCCCAGUCUCCUUGCUUUCCUCACUGCUUCCACGUGUCCCCUUAUUACUGUCCUUCUUCCUUCGGUUAUAGGUGAAUAAAAUUGGAGGUCUAGCAUCACUUUCCUCCUCUAAAUCCGCCUUGUCCUCAAGGUGGAACUUAGGGAAUUGUACUUUCAGAUCUGCACAAUUUUCCCAGGUCGCUUUGUGCGGGGGUAGUCCUUUCCAGCUUACCAAUACCUCCCAUUUCUUGGUGGCCUGAUUCUUUCGAUACGCAUAGACUUCCUUUGGUUGUGUAAUCCACUCAUGACAUUCAUUUACAUGUGGAUCAAGGGGCUGGGUUUCUUUGACGUUCCUUAUUGCCUUCUUGAGCUGAGAUACAUGAAACACCGGAUGAAUGGCUGCAGUACUGGGUAAUUCCAGUUUGUAUGCCACUGUCCCAAUUCUUUCUAUAAUUCCGUAGGGCCCGAAGUAUUUUGGUGAUAGUUUUUCAUUGCGUUUCUUCUGAAGGGAUGUUUGUCCGUAGGGCCUUAGUUUGAGGAACACAUGAUCCCCUGUUUGAAACUCCACAUCUCUUCUUUUCGUAUCUGCAAAUCUUUUCAUUCUCUCUUGAGCCACCUGCAAUUGUUCCUUCAAUGUUCCCAAUACAGUUUCUCUGUCCCUUAGUUGCUGAUCAAGCGUGGAGUUGGGUGUUUCCAUGUCCCCGUAUUGGAUCAAAGGAGGUGGGAGUCUUCCGUAUACCGCUUGAAAUGGACUGAUUCCAAUUGACCCAUGGUAGGUGGUGUUGUACCAAUAUUCGGCCCAGUGUAACCAUUGGCUCCACUCCCUCGGUUUCUCCCCGCAAAAACACCUCAAAUAGGCUUCUACACUUUUGUUAACCACCUCGGUCUGCCCAUCCGUUUGAGGAUGAUAGGAGGAACUCCGGUUCAACUUAGUGCCAGCUAAUCUAAACAUUUCGGUCCAAAAGUGGCUGAGAAAGAUUUUGUCCCUGUCUGAAACUAUCGACUUGGGGUACCCAUGUAGCUUUACUAUUUCCUUGACAAACACUUCGGCCACUGUCUUGGCAGUAUAUGGGUGUUUCAAUGUGAGAAAAUGAGCGUAUUUGCUCGGCCGGUCUACUACUACCAGUAUCACCUCCCACCCGUGUGAUUUGGGAAACCCCUUGAUGAAAUCCAUGGAGAUAUCACUCCAAAUGGGUCUGGAAUUUCUAGUGGCAGCAGCAACCCCGCCGGGGAUAGGGCAGAAGUUUUAUUCCUCUGGCAUAUCAUGCAUUCUUCACAGUACUUCUGAAUGUCACUCUUCAUUCUCUUCCAAUACAAUUCGCCAGCCAUCCUCUUAUAGGUUCUAAGGAAUCCCGACUGUCCUCCAAACAUGGAGUCAUGAUAUGUAUGCAUAAUGGUAGGAAUUAGGGUGGAUGUUUUUGACAGAACUAAAAUCUUCCCUUAAACUUCAAUACACCCUGAUGGCUAGUGUAAUGUGGAACUUCCACGCCUUGUUCUUCGAUUAGCUGAAUGAUCUCAUGUAAGGCCGGGUCUUUCCUGACUUCCUCCCGAAUCACCUCCACAUCUAAUAAUGCUGGGGCUGUCAAUUGAUUCAAGUGUGCCGUUGGUCCCAUUCUGGACAGCGCAUCUACGACUUUAUUCUCCAAGCCCGGUUUAUAUAUCACUUCAAACGAAUAGCCCAGCAACUUAGCUAUCAAUUUUUGAUAUUGCGGUUGUAUUACUCUCUGUUAUAAUAGGAACUUCAAUGAUCUCUGGUCCGCUUUUACGGUGAAUUUUCUUCCCAACAAAUAUGGUCGCCACCAUUGUACUGCCCAUACUACUGCAAUCAGUUCCCGCUCGUACACUGGUCGUGCCCUGUCCCGCAUACUCAAGAUUUUGCUGAAAUAGGCAAUCAGUCUCUUGGCCUGAAUCAAUACCGCUCCUACUCCAACACCUGAGGCAUCUGAUUCAAUCUCAAAGGGUCAUCACUAGCACGGGAAGGGUCAUCAUGGCCUUUUUGAGUUUCUCAAAGGCUGCCUCUGUUUCUUCUGUCCAUUUGUAUGCCCUUGCUUUCAAUAACUGCGUGAGGGGGGUUGCUAUACUCCCGUAGUUCUGCACAAAGCGGCGGUAAUAACCCGUGAGCCCCAAAAAUCCCCUCAUUUCCCUCACGUUUGAAAGUGUUGGCCAUUCUUUCACUGCUCGUAUUUUUUCGGGAUCCACCUCAAUGCCUUUCACAGAGAUAUAAUGCCCCAAGUAACUGAUUCUUGGUUUAGUGAAAUUGCACUUAUCGAAGUUGGCAUACAAUUCACUUUCCCUCAAAAUUUCCAACACCACUUCAAGGUGUUGUACAUGCUCCUCUAUUCCCUUACUAUAGACCAAAAUAUCGUCAAAGAAAACAAGUACAAAUCUUCUCAAAAAGGGCUUAAAUACCUGGUUCAUCAAGGCUUGAAAGGUUGAAGGGGCGUUUGUCAGUACGAACGGCAUCACCAUGAACUCAUAGUGUCCCUCGUGGGUUCGGAAGGCUGUCUUUCAAUAUCUUCAGGACACAUUCGAAUUUGGUGGUACCCAGCUUUAAGGUCAAUCUUCGAAAAGGUGUCUGCCCCAUUUAAUUCAUCAAAGAGUUCCUCAACUACUAGAAUUGGGAAUUUAUCCGGAAUCGUCACAUUCUUCAGUGCUCUGUAGUCCACAUAGAAUCUCCAACUUCCAUCCUUCUUUUUCACUAAUAGUACUGGGUUGGAGUAGGGGCUAGUGCUCGGUCUAAUAAUUCCGGAAGUAAGCAUCUCGUCCACCAACCUCUCCAUCUCUUCCUUUUGGUAAUGUGCGUAUCUAUAUGGCCUGACGUUAACUGGGUCGGUUCCUUGCCUUAGAUAAAUAUGAUGAUCUAUUCCCCGUUGGGGUGGUAAUCUGCCCGGCCAUUCAAACACUUCACUGUAUUUACUGAUGAUAGUAGCCAUUCUAUCCUCCCCUGUUUCUGUUAGUUGGUCAUCUUCCUCCCAACCCCGGUGUCCCUCUUUUCCAUAGCCCGGCACUCCACCAGGAACCCCUGAUCUUCCGUCUCCCAGUUCUUCAUCAUCCCCUUGAGACUGACUUGGGUUUUUGUGAGACUCGGGUCCCCUUUGAUGACCACCUUGUUGCCCCGCUCAUAGAAGGUCAAGACUAGGUUCUUCCAGUCAACUUCGGUGGUUCCUAAUGAAAUGCAGCCAUUGCAUUCCCAGGAUGGCAUCUACUCCUCCCAGUUCCAGGGGCAAGAAGCUAUUCGUUACCUUACAAUCUCCUAGCCACAACUCCACGUCUCCACACACACCUUUCCCUUUGAUCGCUGUGUCGGACCCCAGUAUCACUCCAUAAUUAGGUGUUUCUCUCAUCGGCAACUGUAAUUUAUCCACCAACUUUUCAGCAAUGAAGUUGUGGGUAGCUCCACAGUCUAUCAGGAUGACUACCUCCUCUUCCCCUAGUUUCCCUUUCACCUUCAUGGUUCCCGGAUUUGUCAGGCCCACCACUGAGUUGAUGGACAGUUCGAUGUUCAAAUUUUCAAUGCUCUGUAUUUCCGGCGGCUUCAUCUCUGACUCGUCGUCGAAAUAUUCCUCCUCUACAAUUUCCAGCUCUUCCCCGCGUUCCUUAACGAGUAACAUACGCAACUCUUUGUUCUCCUUAGUUUUACAUCUAUGCCCCGCGUGGUACUUCUCCCCACACCGGAAACAUAGCCCCUUCUCCCUUCGGGCUUGAAAUUCGGCGUCCGUCAGCCUUUUGGUGGGCCCUUCCCGUCGGUUAUCCCCAGUUGCUACUUCCCUCAAUGUGAUGGUUCUCAUUGGCCAGCCGCCUGUUGUCGAGCCCUCAUUCGCCGCUGUUGCGCUAGCAUUGCGCGCAUUGGGUGUCCGCUGGGCCGCUUUACUGUCAUACGCGCUGCUCAACCCACACUAUUUCCGGACCAUCUCCCUGUUUUCUAUUUUCAGGGCCAUCUUCAUCAUUUGGGCCAGCCCAACGGGCUCCCACGUUUCCACCUCUAACUUCAACCAAGGGCUCAACCCAUUCAUGAACGUUUCUUCCAAGACUACUGGUUGUAAAAAUGCUACUUGCACCAAAUAUUUAUCAAAUCAAUUUCUGUAUUCUUCCACCGUCGUCUCUUGCUUGAUGGUGAGGAAACGCCCCACUAGUGUGCCGUCUCGGAUGGAUCGGAAUCUCACUAGCAUCUUUUGUUUCAGAUCUUGCCACCCCUUGAAUGCUUCCCUUUCCUCUUGUGACCUAUACCAAUCCAACGCUGGUCUGUCGAAGCUGAUGACAACGACGGUUAGUUUUUCUGAAUCAGAUAGGUUGUGUAUUUUGAAGUACCUGCUCAGAAUAGCCACGAGUCCGGGUCGGUUCCAUUGAAAACCGACAUUUCCACCUUUUUGAACUUACUCCGGUCUGUUGCUGGUCCUUCCUCGGCCUUUCCUUCUUCCUUCGAGUUCAUAGAAAUGGCGGUGAGGGUCGUUUCUUCGUUCUGAGCUUUGCUCGAUGAACCUUCAACCACCUGCUUACCGGGUGAGUCGUCCCGUAGGAUUCCUUUCAAAUAUUUCAGUAUCACUUGUUGCUGUUGAUAUUGCUUGUCAAUCUGGGCAUUCAUAUCCGUGGUGGUUUUUGACAAGAGGGAGAUGUUUUCCUCCAUCAAUGGAAGCUUCAAAAUUCCUUGUUCCAUCAUGUCAAGUCUCUCUUUUGUGCUCUUCGCCAUCUUCGUCGGUCACCCCAGGUAAGGUAGGCUCUGAUACCAAAAUGUUAGAACACCAACCGGUGCUUUCUACUAAUUUGAUUACGUUUGCCAAAAUGAUAAUAGUAACAACUUACAGCCCGUCUCUCUAGCAAACCACGAUCAUUCACAAAAAGAUUUCACACAAAAUAAAAUAACACUCACACAAACUAUUCAGCCAAAAUGAACAUAUCCCUCAAAACACAAAACACAGAAUAUUUAUAACCCCAGACCCAGGCGAUGUAGCAACGGUCCCCUGCAAUUCCUUCCGCCUUCCUCCCCUCCUCCAGAGGGAGCAGCCCAACCUUUACACGACAAAAAUUGUACCCCCUCUGUGCUUCCUGCUCCCCCUUUUAAUUCCCACUACUAACUAACUCGUGGUCCCCCUGACUGGUCCCCAAUCUCCUUGCUUUCCUUAUUGCUUCCACGUGUCCCCUUAUUACUAUCCUUCUUCCUUCGGUUAUAGGUGAAUAAAAUUGGAGGUCUAGCAGUAACUUAAUGAUUAGUUAUGGGAAAGAAAAAGGUGCUGAAAAAGAAGCCUGCUGGGGAUAGUGUUGUAGGGCCCACGAGAGUGAAAUUUGAGGAAGGUUAUAAAUAGUAUCAUUUAGGUCUUUUUGAGGGAAGUCAUCUUUUGUUUUAUUUGGUGUAAAAGUUGUUGUAGCCUCUUGGGAUUUUCAGCUCAUUGUGAAGGACUAUUAUGUUUUUUCUGGUAUUUAUUCUUGUUUUCCUAACUGUUUGUGACAGUUUUUAAUGCUAUUGGCUCUAUAAAUAUAUAACUAGCAGAGUGUUGCCUCUGUUUGCAGCCAUUACUUAGUUGUUUGGGUGUUUUAUUGUUAAGAAUCUUAACCAGUUCAUUAGAGGAUGUGUUACUUUGGGUUCACUAGAGGUCGUGUUCACCUGGGUUCACUAAAGGUUAGGGUCCUUCAGUCUCACUAGAGGUUUGUGUUUCAUUAGGUUCACUAAAUAUAGGUUUGUGUUUCCUUCGGGAUUCACUAGAUUUAUGGAUACAUCUCACCUAUGGUAGGCCGAGUUUAUUUAUUCAUCGAGAUAACCAUCCAUGAUUUGUUGAUGUAUUCAUGCCGCACUAGUAUGAUUGCAUUUAUUGGGCAUAAAUGCAUCACCUCGUCCUUGUAGUGGUGUUCCUGAGUAUUUUAUACUCAUUCUUUAUAGUGAUAUGUUUCUCAAGUAAAGGAAAAAACGUUCCAGAGGCAUUGGAUGAGGGAUCUGUUGACGGUGCCAUGAGACUGGAGAUGCUUAUGCUAAAUUUCAUGUUUUCAUGUUGGAUUUGAAUGUUUUCAUUGAGAACUGGUUAAGGUAGAAAUUUGAGAUUUAAAUGUUUCAUUUUUUAUUAAAGCUUUUUAGGGACCCCGAAUCAAAUCUUGUUUUGGUUUUAGUGAGAAGUUAUGCAUUUUAGAAAAUUAUUCUUUUAUAUCAAAAUAGUUAAUUCGAUUUGCUUCUAAAAAUUAUAUGUAUGGUCUUUUUGAAAAAAAAAUAGCAUGCAAAAUAGUAAUGACCCAAGUGGAGGUUUCCAAAAGUCAGGUUGUUACAAUUUCCAAUUCUCAAAGGUUUUUCUUCUCCCUUUUCUUAGGCGGGAAUCUAAAAUAUUUAUCACAAGGUGCAAUAGGCACAAUUUCUUCCAGGGCUUAAGCGCAAGACAAAAAAUAAAAAAUAAAAAAAAUAAAAUAAAAGUGUGAGUUGAACUGGAAUUUUUUGCAUUUAGGUUUAGUAAAUUUGAUUUUUUAGUUAAGAAGGCAUAGGGCUUUGAGCCUUGGCUUCACAAAAAGUGCGCCUUACCUUUUGAAGGCAAGACCCCAAACCUAUGCUUUGAGUCUAGGUGUGCGCCCAUAAGGGGUUUUUUAAACAAUGUCCAUGUGCCUGAUUUCUUUGCUUCUAAUUUUUUCUUUCUCUAAACUAGCUUCUUGCUUUGAAUUUGAUUGAUUUCUUUUCUCCUACUUUCUCGAGGAUUUGUGUAUUUUGUUUAAUUCUGUGAUUGAAACUUUAUUGCACGAAAUCCAUUUGAUAAAAUUCCCAAGAAUUGAUGGUAAGGUCUUGUGCAGGGCUUUUUAUUUUUCAUAUUUGUAGAAAAGUGAGAAAUAUUUAAGUAGUUUAAAAUUGAGUUUUUAAGUUGAGAACAAAUCAGUAAAUAUGCUAUACAGCAAUUUUGAAAUUAAGCUUUCA